AUGCGAUUUUCCAAGAAAUCUCGAAUAAAACGUGCCUGCGCCAUCGCCACAGAAGUGCUAAAAGAAGCGAAAAAAAUCCGAAAAUCCAACUCAGAAAUCCAAGAAAAUUGUGUUCUUCAACUGGGAAAUUGUAAGAUUUCGGCGAGUUACGGUCAUCGACUCAGUAAGACUGAGGCUUGUUGCUCAUCGUGUUUCUCGACGACUUUUCGUGGGCGGGACUACGAACCUGACUUUUUGAUUUGGAAACAGAAGGCUAUUGAUGGACAGACAUACGUGAGGAAUGAACAAUUCGCGAAACGAUAUAUUAAUAGUUGCUUCCUCCCCUACUACAAAAAGUGUCAAUCAUGUGGGAAAUACUCGGAAUUCCAGUCGUCUGAAACCUUUAAACCCCACGAUUUCGUCAAUUUUCAAUGCGAAAAUGACUGUGACACCACCGUGGAAUCAGAAGACGUCCGUCGAGUCCGUCGUGAUUCUGGAUGGUGUUUCAAUGAAUUCGGACAACCUCCACUUCUUCAAAAUAACAUUUCUUAUGAUCUACUCGUAGAUCACUAUGUCACACGGACCACUGGAAUGGACGCCACGUGUCAGGAGGGGGCGGAGCUUAUUGAUGAUGGGGGCGUGGCGUUUCGAGAUACGAAGAAGAUUAUGAACAUGUUUUAUGUGCCGUUUACAGAUGUUAUUGCGAAUAUUGUACAUCCCGAAUUCAUGGAAACUGAUGAGAAAUUUGCGUUCCCAAAAUUCGCGGACGAUCCAAUCUCCAUUUACUACCUUCAAGUACGUAACACAAUCAUCGCAAUGUGGCUGAAACAUCCAUUCGUCGAAGUGACUCAGAAGAUGGUCGAAUCACAGAUUAUUGUCAGAGGACACGCACGGAUAUUCUUCAUUGAACACUUGAUUCAACCGAUUCUCGAAUUCUUGACAAUUAAAGGAAUCGUCAAUUAUGGGGCAUUCGAUUUUCGAAUCGAUCCGUUAAACGGGAAUGUGCCGAAAGUGGCAAUAAUCGGAGCCGGAAUCUCAGGUAUCUCAACGGCUCGUCACCUCCAACAUCUCGGUGUAAACGCCGUUUUAUUCGAGGCGAAAGAUCGUCACGGUGGCCGAAUGAAUGAUGACAGAACACUGGGUGUGCCAGUUGGAAAAGGAGCUCAGAUCAUUGUUGGAAAUAUCAAUAAUCCCAUCACUUUACUCUGUGAACAAAUCGGAAUUCGAUACAGAAAUUCGACGUUUUUCUGUCCGUUAAUCGAUGAAACCGGGCGGUGUUUCACUUUGGAACACAAGGAAUUGGAUGAUCAAGUGGAUUUACAUUAUAAUAAUGUAUUGGAUGCGAUUAGGAAUAAGUAUCAAUCGGAUCGCAAUUUUCCUGAUGUCACUUUGGAGGAGACUACUGUAACUCCGAUCCUAGAGACUCCGAUCCUGGAGAUUACGGUAUCUCCGAUCAUAGAGAUUACUACUACUGUAUCUCCGAUCCUAGAAAUUAUGGUAGCUUGGAUCCUGGAGACUGGAGACUACUGUAUCUCUGAUCCUAGAGACUACUGUAACUCUGAUCCUAGAGAUUACGGUAGCUUGGAUCCUACAGACUACUGUAUCUCCGAUCCUAGAGACUACUGUAACUCCGAUCCUAGAGACUCCGAUCCUUCAGACUACUGUAUCUCCGAUCCUAGAGAUUACGAUCCUAGAGACUACUGUUUCUCCGAUCCCAGGAGUACUGAAGCUAGGAUCCUGGAGACUUCUGUAACUCCGAUCCUGAGGAUUACUGUAACUCCGAUCCUAGAAACUACUGUAUCUUCGAUCCUAGAUCCUAGAGACUACUGUAACUCCGAUCCUGGAGAUUACGACUACUUUAUCUCCGAUCCUAGAGACUACUGUAUCUUUGAUUCUAAGGACUACUGUAACUCCGAUCCUGGAGACUACUGUAGUUUGGAUCCUACAGACUACUGUAUCUCCGAUCCUAGAGACUACUGUAACUCCGAUCCUAAAAUUGUGUUCGUUCUUACAGAAAUGUUCUCAAAAAUGAGCUCCGGCCUGCUCUCAGCCGCCGAUCUCGAUCAUCUCUACACUCCAGAAUUCGAGAAACUUCUCGAUUUUCACCUCGGAAAUCUCGAAUUCUCAUGCGGAACGGCGGUCGAGAAUCUCUCCGCAAAAGAGUACGAUCACAAUGAGAAAUUCGGAAAUUUCGCCGGCGAACACGCGGUGAUUCUCGACGGCGCUCAAACGAUCAUUGAAUAUUUGGCGCGUGGUUUGGAUAUACGUCUCAACUCUCCAAUCAAACAAAUCGAUUGGAAAAGUGAGGAGAAACGAGUGAAAUUGGUGUUCGAGACGGGAGAAACCGAGACUUUCGAUAAAGUUGUGGUGACGACGUCCUUGGCUGUGUUGAAGAAAAACCCGCAACUCUUCAAUCCGCCUCUUCCCGACGAAAAACGUAAAGCGAUCGACGAUUUGGGGGCGGGACUAAUCGAGAAAAUGGCCGUGAAAUUCGACCGUCGAUUCUGGAGUACUGUAGAUGCGGAUGAUGGAAUCAAAGCACAGUAUUUCGGCAAGGUGCCGGAUUCGAAGUCCGAUCGGAGUCUUUUCAAUAUUUAUUACGAUUUUUCAGGAAAAGACGCCACCGGCAAUGAAGUUUUUGUCCUGAUGUCCUAUGUGACCGCCGAGCACGUGAAUCUCGUCAAUGAGCUCUCCGACGAAGAAGUCGCCGAAAAAUUCGUUGAAACUCUCCGAAAGAUGUUCCCGAAGGCUAUAAUCAACCCGAUUGGUCAAAUGGUAUCACAUUGGGGAGCGGAUCCGUACAUUGGAAUGUCUUAUACGUAUGUACCGUUUGGAUCCAGCGGAGAUGGCGUUUAUAAUAAGUUGAAGGAAACAAUCGACGACCGUAUCUAUUUCGCCGGUGAGCACACGAUCGCCGCGGAGCCCCAAACGAUGGCCGGCGCCUAUCUGUCAGGCCUCCGAGAAGCAUCGAAAAUUGUGAUGAGCUGGAAACGAGACAUUCAGGAAUCGCCUUAA